CUACAGAUUGAAAUUACCUGAAGGAGCAAAAAUCCACCCCACAUUACACAUGUCUAAAUUGAAGAAACAUGUUGGCUUAGCUAUACACUCACCCACAUUGCCACCUAUUAGAACAGAUGGCUCGAUCUUGAAGGAAUCAGCACGAAUCCUUGACAAAAGAAUGGUUAAAAAAGAGAAUCAUGCUAUUAAUGAGGUGCUAGUGGAAUGGGCAGACACCUUUCCCAAGGACUCUACUUGGGAAGCUUGGAUAGAGUUUCAAAGGCAAUAUCCUCCUUUCGAUCCUUGAGGACAAGGAUAUGCUCAAGAGAGGGAGUAUUGUUAUGGCAUAUAAUUAUGGGGUUAAAAAGUAGUUAAUUUAUGAUAAUUUCUAUUUAAACUGUUGAGCUAAUUAUGUUGCACAAAACGGCACUUUUUGGGGGAGGGGGACUAAGCUGCGUUUUGGGGGAAGGGCUUGGUUACUGAAAAGGGGCGUUUUGAUGCUGAGCCUUGUAGCAGAACGACAGCGGUAAUGACCGUUAUUUUUUUUUUCUUUUUAGCACCCUUGCGUGUGCUGGAGUUGGGUGUGAAGAAAUUCAGUACUAUCUUCUCAAUCCCUUUUUCUCCUCUCUCUCUCUUACUUCUUCGUCCUCCUCCUAUUCUUCUAUUCUUCUUCUCGUUUUCUGCAGCUCGCAUCAGACAUUUCAAGCCAAAAGGUCGCAACUAUGGAAGACGUGAAGCAAGAUUACCGUCGAAAAUCGGAAAUCUAUUAGGCGUUAGGGUUUGUAAAAAGCGUUAAAGAAAGAUGAAUUAGAGAAUAAGGUCAAGGUUUCAGUCUUUCUUUAAUCGUAAUCGUGCAUUCUUUAUUAAAUUUUCGUUCUUUUUAAGCGGAAACUUUUUUUUUGCAAUUCCAUUUCCUCCCCACCCCCGGAAAAUGUUUACUUUAGUAAAGAUAGAUUGUAAGGAAGACUCGCAAAGACAAAGGUCUUUCUUUAUUUCAUGCGUCUCUGUCGUUUUUCUUAAUAAAAUAAUGUACAAGUGCCUCAGUCGUUAGCUUAAGCCGCCGUGCCUUAUUUCUUAUUUCUUAUAUAUAAUAUAUAUAUAUAUAUAUAUAUUAUGGAAACAACCUUGAACCCUCCAUUUCCUACUGAAUUCAACUGGCUUGCUGGACUACGAUACUCAAAUUCCCAGAAGAACACUGUCAUGUCCUAGUCCCUGUAGCCUAGAGAUAGUACAUUGUUGAAGAGCAAGGACUGUGUAGUGGCUGCUGUGAUGGCAUUUGAACCCUUGGUUUGGUAUUGUCAACCAGUGGCAAAUACGGCUUGGACAAAAGUGGUUGAUGGUGCUUUUGGUGUAUACACAUCUUGUGCUAUCAACUCCAUGGUGAUUUCCAUUUCUCAUUUGGUUUUACUGGGCUUGUGCUGUUAUCGGAUAUUUCUGAUAAAGAAGAAUUCCAAAAUUCAGAGGUUUUCUUUGAGUUCAAAAUGCUAUAGUUGUAUACUUGGUUUGUUGGCUGGUUGUUGUACCAUUGAGCCUCUACUAAGAUUGUUGAUGGGUAUUUCUAUCUUUAAUUUGAAUGGAGAGACUGGUCUUGCUCCCUAUGAGGCAACUUCUUUGAUCAUUGAGGCUACUGCUUGGUGCUCUGUGCUUAUUAUGAUAAGGUUGGAAACAAAAAGUUACAUCUGUGAGUUUCGCUGGUAUGUGCGUUUUGGCAUUGUUUAUGUUCUUCUGGGCAAUGUUGUGCUACUCAAUCUCAUUCUGCCCGUGAAGGAUUUAUUCCGCAGCUAUGCCAUAUAUUUGAGCAUCAGUACCUUUUUCUGCAAGAUUUUAUUUGGGAUUCUUUUUCUUGUUUAUUUUCCCAAUCUCAAUCCUCGUCCGGGAUAUAUUUUGGUACAAAAUGAGUCAUAUGAUGAUGAAGAAUAUAAACCACUUUCUGGAAGAGAGCAAAUUUGCCCUGAGAGGCAUGCCAACUUUAUUUCAAGAAUUUCUUUUGGAUGGAUUACUCCUCUCAUGCAGCAAGGUUAUAGAAGACCUAUCACUGAAUAUGAUGUUUGGAAGUUAGAUACAUGGGAUCAGACUGAAACGUUGAUUCAAAAGUUUCAUACAUGUUGGGCCAAAGAAACCCAAAGAUCUAAGCCAUGGCUUUUGAGAGCUUUGAAUAAUAGCUUAGGAAGAAGGUUUUGGUGGGGAGGUGUUAUCAAGGUUGUGUUUAUCCUUUGUCAGUAUACAGGGCCUAUUUUAGUAAACCACCUCUUACAGUCAAUACAACAAGGUGAUCCUGCUUGGUUUGGUUACACCUAUGCCUUCUUGAUGUUUCUUGGAGUGUUAUGUUUUAUACUACUUGAGGCUCAGUAUGUGCAGAAUAUCUGGCGUGUUGGUUUUCGUCUACGAUCUACUGUGGUGGCAGCUAUAUUUCACAAAUCUUUGAGAUUGACUUAUGAGGUUCGCAAGAAUUUCCCAUUUGGGAGGAUAACAAAUAUGAUCACAACAGAUGUAAACGCACUUCAGCAAGUAUGCCAACAGCUUCAUAUAUUUUGGUCUGCUCCGUUUAGUAUUAUUAAUGCCAUGGUUCUUCUUUAUCAACAACUCGGUGUUGCUGCACUUCUCGGAUCCUUAUUACUAGUUCUCAUCGUCCCACUUCAGACUGUUGUGGUUAGCAAAAUGCAAAAGAUGACUAAGCAAAGACUAGAGUGGACUGACAGGAGAAUCAAUCUUACGAAUGAAAUUCUAUCUGCUGUGGACAUUGUGAAAUUUUAUGCAUGGGAGAAAUGCUUUCAGUCUAGAGUUCACAGUAUACGGAAUGAUGAGCUAUCAUGGCUUCAGAGAGCUCAACUACUAUCUGCUUUUAACAGGUUCAUAUUGAACAGCAUACCAGUUGUUGUAACAGUAGUUUCAUUUGGGAUGUUCACUUUGCUUGGUGGGGAUCUGACACCAGCAAGGGCGUUCACAUCACUUUCAUUGUUUGCAUUGCUACGAAUUCCUCUGGAAUGUCUUCCUAAUUUGUUAAGUCAGGUUGCAAAUGCAAAUAUAUCGUUGAAACGUCUUGAGGAGCUUUUCUUAGCUGAAGAGAGAGUUCUAGCACCAAAUCCACCUCUUCAGCCAGGGCUUCCAGCCAUCUCAAUUAAGAAUGGAAACUUUUCAUGGGAUUUAAAGGUAGAGAGGCCCACUUUAUCAAAUAUCAAUAUAGAUGUACCGGUUGGCAGCUUAUUCGCAAUUGUUGGUGGAACUGGAGAAGGAAAAACAUCCCUUAUAUCAGCUAUUCUAGGGGAGCUUCCUCCAGAUGCAAAUUCAAGUGUCAUUAUAAGAGGGACUGUUGCUUAUGUUCCUCAAGUUUCAUGGAUUUUUAAUGCUACUGUUCGUGAUAACAUUUUGUUUGGGUCUAGCUUUCAACUAGAACGGUAUUGGAAGACAAUUGAUGUGACAGCUCUACAGCAGGAUCUUGACAUCCUUCCUGAUCAUGACCUCACUGAGAUCGGUGAAAGAGGUGUGAAUAUAAGUGGUGGGCAGAAACAGAGAGUUUCCAUGGCUAGAGCUGUCUAUUCCAAUUCAGAUGUGUACAUAUUUGAUGACCCUUUAAGUGCCCUGGAUGCUCAUGUUGCAGAACAGGUUUUCAACAGGUGUAUCAAGGAAGAAUUACAAGGAAAAACCAGAAUACUUGUCACAAACCAGCUGCAUUUUCUUCCACAUGUAGACUACAUCCUUCUUAUCUCUAAUGGUGUAAUUAAAGAAGAGGGUACCUUUGAGGAAGUCUCCAGAAAAGGAAGGAUAUUUCAGAAGUUGAUGGAAAAUGCUGGGAAAAUGGAAAAACGAGAAGGGAAGGGCGAUGGAAGAUACAUAGACAUGGAAAAAUUAGAACCAAAUUCCAAUAAGAUGGUUGAGAAUGAGAUAAAUGAUAUUCUAAAAGAUGCAAAUGCUGCAAAGAGGAGGAAAGGCAUGAAAGCUAUACUUGUAAAGCAAGAAGAAAGGGAAACAGGUCUGGUCAGCUGGAAUGUUGUUAUGAGGUAUAAGGAUGCUAUGGGAGGCCUAUGGGUGGUUAUGAUACUUUUUACAUUCUACUUUUCAACUGAAGUUCUUAGAAUUUUAAGCAGCAUGUGGUUACGCUUUUGGACAGAUAGGAGUGCUUCAAAGAGUUAUAAGCCUGAAUUUUACAUUCUCAUUUAUGCGCUUCUAGGAUUUAGUCAGGUAACUGUGACGCUGACAAACUCGUUUUGGCUUAUUACUUCAAGUCUCGGUGCAGCCAGAAGAUUGCAUGAUAUGAUGCUAAAUUCCAUCCUAAGAGCUCCAAUGUUGUUUUUCCAGACUAAUCCAAUUGGGCGAGUAAUCAAUAGGUUUUCAAGAGAUCUAGGUGAUAUAGAUUGUAAUGUUGCCACUUCUAUGGAUAUGUUUUUGAAUCAGUUGUGGCAGCUUCUUUCAACUUUUACGCUGAUAAGCAUCGUGAGCAUAUUUUCAUUUUGGGCCAUAAUGCCACUUCUCAUCUUGUUUUAUGCAGCCUAUCUAUUUUAUCAGAGCACAUCUCGUGAAGUAAAACGCUUAGAUUCUAUUACCAGCUCACCUGUUUAUGCUCAAUUUAGAGAAGCAUUUGAUGGCUUUUCAUCCAUUCGUGCAUACAGAGCUUAUGAUCGGAUUGCCAAUGUUAUUGGGAGGUCCAUGGAUAAUAAUAUCAGAUUCACUCUGGCAAAUAUUAGUUCAAAUCAUUGGUUGGCUAUAAGAUUAGAAACACUAGGAGGCCUCAUUAUUUGGUUAACAGCAACCAUCGCUGUUCUGCAGAAUGGAAGAGCAGAAAACAAGGCAGCGUUUGCAUCAACAGUGGGUCUACUUCUCAGUUAUACAUUAAAUAUCACUAGGCUACUGAGUGGUGUUUUAAGACAGGCAAGCAAAGCCGAGAACAGGUUGAAUGCUGUGGAACGUGUGGGUACAUAUAUCAAUUUGCCUCCAGAGGCUCCAGACAUAAUCGAGAGCCACCGUCCUCCACCUGGUUGGCCAUCAUCUGGCUCAAUUCAAUUUGAGGAUGUUGUCCUACGUUAUAGACCUGAACUUCCACCGGUCUUGUGUGGAUUGUCCUUUAUUAUUUCUCCAAGUGAGAAGCUAGGGAUAGUUGGAAGAACUGGUGCAGGGAAAUCCAGCGUGCUGAAUGCUUUGUUUCGGAUUGUAGAGCUGGAAAAAGGAAGAAUCUUGAUUGAUGGUUGUGUUCUUGCCAGAUUUGGACUGACAGACGUGCGAAAGGUUCUUAGUAUUAUACCACAAUCCCCUGUUCUUUUUUCUGGAACUGUGCGAUUAAACUUGGAUCCAUUUAAUGAGCACAAUGAUGAUGACCUUUGGGAGGCUUUAGAAAGGGCACAUUUGAAGGAUGUCAUCUUGAGGAACUCUUUCCGUCUGGAUGCAGAGGUUUUGGAGGGUGGGGAGAAUUUUAGUGUUGGGCAGAGACAAUUACUGUGUCUUGCCCGAGCAUUGUUGCGAAGGUCAAAGAUUCUGGUUCUUGAUGAAGCAACUGCGGCAGUGGAUGUUAAGACUGAUGCUUUUAUCCAGAAAACCAUUCGUGAAGAAUUCAAAUCUUGCACCAUGCUGAUUAUUGCUCACAGACUAAAUACCAUCAUCGACUGUGACCGGAUUCUUGUACUUGAUGCUGGUCAGGUUCUAGAACACAAAACUCCAAAGGAACUGCUAGUUAACAGAGAAAGCGCAUUCUCGAAAAUGGUUCAGUGUACAGGGCCUGCAAAUGCCAAAUACUUACGUAGCUUAGUUCUUGAAGGUGAGGAAAAAGGGUUCAGUAAGGAACAUGCCAUGCGGUUAGAUGGUCAGAAGAGAGGGCAAGCUUCACCCCACUGGAUUGCUGAUGCACAGUCUGCCCUGCCUGUUAGUCUCACUUCUUCUCUAAAUGAUAUUCAAAGACUUGAUACUGGAGAUAGAGAAAAUCACAUAUGAUGACUUCGGUGAGUUCACUAAAGCCAGAGCCCAAGCUCAAGCUCAAGCCCAGAAAGAAGUUGAUGUUGGACCUGUAGUUACCAAUGAUCUUAAGUUGUAACACGAACCAAUAGUUUCUAUCCGAAUGAGUCACAAUCAUUGUUAGGUGUCCACACUUGCGGCCAUGAAUUUCUCGUAUAUGCUCACGAAUUAUUUGAUUUGAAUUACCCUUCAAUUGAUGACAAUGGUGAGCUCGCAUUUGGUCUACUUUUUUCCAUCGAAAAGUGUUAGGAAGAGAAGAAUUGAGGAUUACAACAUUAUAUAGUCAUCGGAUUUCAAGGUCAUAGAGUCAAUGCUAACGGUCAUGCAUGUAAAUGCAUUAAAUAUAACUAGGAAUGAAUGUGGUUGAUUCGAGUAACCUAUAUACAAAAGAAACAUAUGUGGAAAAUUUACAAAUACAACAAA